UGGGAACAAUAAUUGGUGUGUGAAUUCAAACCAACCAUGGCGGCAACCAAGACGUCGGUAGUUCCUGGGCAGCGCCUCGGAAAAGAAGGCGACUACAGCGCUGGGAAUGGCACAUACGUGAUGAACGGCAGCAUCUUUGCGUCGGUGGCAGGCCAUGUGACCCCUGUGCUACACACGGCAUUGCAUGUUGAACGGCCUGGAUCCAAGCGUAUUGCGUCGACUGGCGUGCUCCGCGUGGACGACUUUGUCGUGGCCAAAGUGAUCAAGGUGACAUCGUCGCAGCUGCAGCUGGAAAUCCACUCUGUCAACGACGUCGUGCUACUGGAGCCGUUUGCCGGGACGCUGCGGAAGGAAGACGUCCGGCCCGUCGACAUCGACAAGCUGCAGUUGGAAGAGAUGUUCCGCCCGGGUCAUGUCCUCAAAGCAGUGGUGCUGUCUCUGGGCGACUCUCGGUCAUACUUUUUAACCACGGCCAAGCCUGGUCUUGGGGUGAUUCAGCUGCAGCCAUAACGGCGAACUCGUCAACUUAAGCUUCUACUUCGUUUCCA